GUAAAUGCCAGCCUGUAGGAUAAUAGCUAAUCCAGUCAACUUUCGUUCAUUCUCUCACUCGCUGUCAUUCAUUAUAUGCCAUUGAUGCUUGGCUGUCCUUGAAAGAACAACCACAGCAUGAAAAUUUCAUUGCUUUCAUUUGUAUUUGCCCUAGGGGCAAGGGCCGCAUCCGAAGUGCCCACACACUCGUUUUCCUUUUCGUCUCCUAGCGUCUCUUCCGCUUCGCUGUUUCCAACCGCCUCGGCCUCUGCCUCCUCCGACUCGUGCGCGGGAAACACUGCAACCAAUCGACAGGAAUGGUGUGACUACGACAUCAACACGGACUAUACAACCACCGUUCCAGACACUGGCGUGACUCGAGAGUACUGGUUUGACCUGCAGCAUGUCACCGUUGCCCCUGAUGGACGUUCUCGGUUUGCCCUCGCCAUCAACGGAUCGAUCCCAGGCCCGACUAUCUACGCAGACUGGGGUGACACGGUUGUCGUUCACGUCACGAAUAGUCUUCCAGAUACGGUCAGGAAUGGCACUAGCGUUCAUUUCCACGGUAUCAGACAGUACUACACUAACCAAAACGACGGGGUAGUGUCUAUCACACAAUGUCCCACUGCUCCAAACAGUACAAUCACAUACCGGUGGCGGGCAAUGCAGUAUGGCACCACCUGGUACCAUUCACACAUUGGCCUACAGGCCUGGGAGGGACUGUUCGGAGGUAUUGUUAUCAAUGGACCGGCUAGUUCCAAUUACGACGAGGACAAAGGGGUGUUGGUCCUCAAUGAUUGGGACAUCAACACCGUUGAUGAGCUCUAUAUCUCGGCACAGACAGAUGGACCACCGACUCUGGACACGGCAUUGAUCAAUGGAACGAAUGUCUUUGGAUAUGAUGGCAAUGUCAACCAAACGGGAUAUCGAUUCAAUACCUCCGUGACAGAAGGGACCUCCUACCGUCUUCGACUGAUCAAUGCCGCCAUGGAUACGCAUUUCAAGUUCAUGAUCGACAAUCACACGUUGACCGUCAUCUCUAACGACCUGGUUCCUAUCGAGCCGUACAACACGACAGUCCUCAAUAUUGCAAUGGGUCAACGAUAUGACGUCGUCGUCCAGGCCGACAAAUCCUCCAUCGCGAAGAACUUCUGGAUGCGUGCCAUCCCGCAAGAGGCCUGCUCGGAGAACGAAAACCCAAAGAACAUCAAGGGAAUCGUCUAUUACGGAGACUCACCUUCGACACCCACAACAUCCGCAUACUCAUACUCCGACAGUUGCGACGACGAAGACAUGUCAUCCCUCGUCCCCCUCGUGAAUCCCUACACCAUCGACACGGCUCCGCUUUACAAUAAAUCCGAACCGGUGUCCCUAGGAAAGAACUCGCAAAGUCUCUACCGCUGGAAGCUCAACAGCACGUCCAUGCACGUUGACUGGGCCGACCCAACCCUUCUGGAGAUCUACCGCGGGCACCACACAUUCGCCAAUUCCAGUGGGGUGGUCCAGCUGCCGCGCAAAGAUGAAUGGGUUUACGUGGUGAUCGAGACGACGCUUUCCGUGCCUCAUCCGAUCCAUCUCCAUGGUCAUGACUUCCUGGUCCUGGCACAAGGCAGUGGUACAUAUGAUGGUAGCGUUAUGACUAGCAACCCGCCUCGGCGUGAUACCGCAAUGCUUCCUGCGAGUGGGCACCUGGUGGUAGGGUUCCAAACAGAUAAUCCGGGGGCGUGGUUGAUGCAUUGUCAUAUUGGCUGGCAUACAGCGGAAGGAUUUGCGAUUCAGUUUGUCGAGAGGUAUGAUGAGGCUCGGAAGCUCAUUGAUUACGAUUCUUUGAAGGAUAAUUGCGACGCGUGGGGUGACUAUCAAGAUGUGUAUACGGCGGAGGAAGAUGAUUCUGGAGUAUGAUAGACUCGGUCAGCGUGGAAUGCCUCUGGGCUUCUUGUUUAGUGGUCUGUCCCGUUAGUCAGUAUUAGUUUUGAAUGUCGUUCUUUUAUCUUAUCUAGC